AUGAUUUCAUUUUGGAUAGUUCACUUGUGAUCCACAAAGGGUGUUGUUGUAUUGGUUUUGAUAAAACUUCACAGCCAAUGGGAAUCUUUUUCAAGUUAGUGUGGAGUAGCCUUAAUGCUGGAAAUAAUCCUGUUGGCCAGGACCCCAGAGCCAUACAGAUGAAAAAAGGAUGCAGGAAACUCUGUUGUUUACACAUGUGUCUGUAACACUGAGCCGCUAGAGCAGCCCAGCAAGCCCAGAGGGCCUGAAAAGAUAAAUAUGAAUUUAGAUUCCAUUCGUCGGUUAAUUGAGGAAACACAAAUCUUCCAGAGGCAGCAGUCAUCAGUUAAACCAGCAUGUGACCUGGUGGUGCCUGCCUCAUCCCCCAGGGACACCUGUGGUCCCUAUUUGCCACUUUAUGGGCUGCAAUCUCAUGCCUAUCACAACGUCUGUGCUCACUCAUGCAACAGUAAUGAAUGGGAUAUUUGUGAGGAGCUUCGACUGCGGGAACUGGAGGAGGUCAAGGCCAGAGCUGCUCAGAUGGAGAAGACCAUGCGGUGGUGGUCAGACUGCACUGCCAACUGGAGAGAAAAGUGGAGUAAAGUUCGAGCUGAAAGGAACAGUGCCAGGGAGGAAGCAAGACAACUCAGGAUAAAAUUAGAGAUGACCAUGAAGGAACUGAGUACUCUGAAAAGGAAGCAAAAUUUGUCACCUCAAAAGGAGGCUUUGGAAGCUAGAGUUAUUCAGGACCUUAAGCUUCCUGGUUUCAGAGAUGUGUCCUCUACACAGAGAGACUCAAUUCAAAUUGGUUCCAAAACCUGUGAGUCCAUCAGAGAGUGUUUGGGAAAAAGAGAAUUUCCUACCAAGGAGAACACAAAGAGUAAGAACAAAGAUUUGGUUAUUGACCCAUUAAAAUUAAAUGAGAUGAAACUCAAUCUAGAUUGCCCUGACUUAUUCAAGAAUGGUGGUUCUGGAAACUGUAAAAUGAGACCUGGGUUAAGACUACAGGCAAUAAACCUGCCACUGGAGAAUGGAGUGUCUGAAAUUUCAGCUUUGCAGGUGCAUUUGGAUGAGUUCCAAAAAAUAUUAUGGAAAGAAAGAGAAAUGCGCUUAUCUUUGGAAAAAGAAAUAGAACGGCUGGAGUCAGCUUUGUUUGUCUGGAAACAGAAGUAUGAAGAACUGAAAGAUUCAAAGACAAAAAGUGUGAAAGAGUUUAACAUUCUUCAUGGUCAACAUAAAAAUGAAAUAGAAGACUUAUCAGGAGAUAUAAAGGAAGGAUCAAGCUCCCAGAACCGCAAUGACAGAGUGAUUUAUGAGUUAAGAGCAGAGCUAGAGAGACUUCAGGCUGAAAAUACAUCAGAAUGGGACAAGAGGGAAAUACUUGAAACAGAAAAGCAGGGACUGGAGAGAGAAAAUAGAAGGCUAAAGGUCCAGGUAAAAGAAAUGGAAGAGCUCCUGGACAGGAAAAGUAGAUUAAGUGCAAGCGCUCAAGGUCCUGAUUUCAAGACAUCACAAAUUGAACUACAGGAAAAAAACAAGGAAUUGUUGGGUCUUCAACAUGCCUACCAUACACUCAGCAGGCAGUAUCAAGCAAAAGCUGCAGAACUGACUCACACAAACAACCUAGUGGAUCAAAAUGAGGCUGAAGUGAAAAAACUGAGAUUUCAAGUAGAAGAAUUGAAAUGGGGACUCAACCAAAAAGAAGAGAAGCUUGGUGAUUUUCUGAAUCAGAUCCACAGGCUCCAGAUAUCUUUGGAUGAACAGCAAGGAAGAAAUGAAAACUUGGAAAUUAAACUAAGGCGCUUACAAACCUGGUAGUUAUUUCACAAAAUGUGUCAAAUUUAAGAUUGGGAUCUUAGAUAAGGAAAACUUGAGGUCCUUUUUUCCUAUUUUCUUAAAUAUCCAUAAUAUAUUACUUCUGUUAAUGGGAAAUAUUAAUGAAAGAAAUUUACAGACAUUCAAUACUUAAAUUUAUGGGUUUCUUAGCUCAUUAUUUUUCCCCAAUAAGCAUUACAUGUUUUGAUAAAGAUAAUUUAAAUAUCACUUAAAAACAACUUUAGCUCUAAAGAUAUCAAAUUUCUGAAAGGCAGAAGGAGCUUUCAAAAUAUAUUUCACCUAGAACUGAAAGAGUUAUAAUGUCUGAAGGAAAAUAUAAGUUGUAAACUAUACAGUUUGCUGGGUAGUAGACAAGAGAAUCACUGUACAUAAGAAAAAGUAAUGGGUUAAAUAACUGACAGACAAAAAACACACACAUGCACAAGUCUGUGUGGUAGGCGUCACAUGUGCGAAAAAUUUUUUCACCCAGGGAGGAAACAAAAAAUUUGGUAUAAUUUUUCCUACAAGGCAAAAGUAGGCAGAAAUGUCAAAUGAUAUGACUUGUGUUAUAAGGAGACUGAAGGGAAGCAAGCUAAGAUUUGUACUGCGAUUUAUAUAAAUACUCAGAAAAGUAGCAUAUCGCUUGUGAUUGAAGUUAAGGAAAAGUAACAAGCACCUCAGAAACCAAGAGGGCUUUCAGCCUUUUUCUGGAUAGAUAGUUUGCAGUAAAGUCAUAAAAAAGCCCACCAGCAUUGGAGAGUAGUAUCUUGGAAUAAGUCAGGUAGAAAUAAAGCUGUGGUUUCCUUUAAGUUGUAUGAAUAAAGCAAAGUGUCAAAUUGUAUGUAGAGGACUAUAUAUAAGACCUUUUUAUACAGUAUAGUUUACUGCUUCACAUUUAAGUUUAGUUUUCAAUGUAAAGAAACUUACUUAAAAAAAAAAACACUAUAUAUAAUCUUACAUAGCUCUUUCCAAAUGAAUUAGACUUGUCAACUUCAACUCAGUCAGUAUCUCUCUGGUCUUCUUCCUUUCCCUGUUGCUAGGAAAAAGGAAAAUUCACUAACAGUUAAUAGAGCAAGCUUAAUCUCACUGAUAAUCCGGCUUGCUUCAUGUAUAGGUGGCUGGGGUUACUCUUGCAGCUGCAUUCCAGAGAAGUCUCUGGGGCCAGAAGGUCCAAAUGACCUCACUCGUAUAUCUAAUACCUCAGCUGGGGUGAGAAAUGGCAGUUGCUUGGUGGGCCUCUUCCUUGUCCUUAGAAAUCACUCCAGGGAAUCCCAUAAUGCCUCUUCCUCCAGAUUCUACUGAUCAGAGCCUAUGGCAGAUCAGUAGGCCACACCAGAUUCAAGAGGUGAGGAAACUGACCCCAUGGCUUUAUGGAAAGAACUGUGUAUAUAUGUAUAUGUAUAGGACAUCCUAGAAGUUGUUGUCAUCAUCUUUGCAGACAAAGCAAAUACAACAAAUGCAGUAACUUCUCUCUCUCUCUUUUAUUUUUUUCUUUUUAGGGCCGCACCCAUGGUAUGUGGAGAUUCCCAGGCUAGAGGUCAAAUUGGAGCUAUAGCUGCCGGCCACAGCCACAGCCACAGCCACAGCACUGUGGAAUCCAAGCAGCGUCUACGACUUCUACCAGAGUUCACGGCAAUGUCAGGUCCCUGACCAACUGAGUGAGGCCAGGGAUGGAACCCACAUCCUCAGGGAUACUAGUUGGAUUCAUUUCUGCUGCACCACAGCAGGAAAUCCAAAUGCAGUAACUUCUGAUUAGACUUUCCUUCUAGCCACACUCCUCCAGCUAAAUCAGAGGAUAAGCUUUGCUAUUUACUACUCUUGUGACCUUGAGCUUGUUACUUAGAGUAGAAGAAUAUAAUGCCCCCUUAAAGACUGAAUCAAAUAAUGUAUCUUAUAAACAUUGACCUAGCACAUGACAUUAAUAAAUAUGCAACAAAUAUUAA